AGCAGAUGAGCCGACCUCCCCCAAGAAGCCCAAGAGUGUCCCGGAGCCAGAGACCAGUGAUGUGGAAGGUGGAGUCACCUCUCCCCUGCCUUCCGAGUGGACCUCAGUGAGGAUCAGUCCUGGGGAGGAUGUGGUUGGGCAGGACGUGCUGGCUGUGUGUGUCCUGGUCACCAGCGAUGACAGCAGCUCUGAUGCAGAGUUGGACUGUGGCAGCAGUGAGGCCUCUGGUGCAGAGCCCUGUGAAGAGAGACCCCGGCGGCCGGAACCCCCACUCCUCCCAAAGCCCCUCACCCGGCACAGCUCCCUGAGGGAGACAGUCUCUCCGCAGUGCCCCGAGGAGCCCAGAGCUCUGCAUGCUCUGCAACGGGCCAACAGCUUCCAGUCCCCAACACCCAGCAAAUACCAGAGCUGGAGAAGAAAAUUCCAGUCAAAUUCGAUGCCAGUGAACAACAAAAGAGCUGUGUUGCCUCCCACAGAAGCUUCUCCGUCUCCGUCUCCUUCCCCACUGUCUUCUGCUUCGUCUUCCCCACUAUCUUCUUCAGGCAGCAUCCCAGGGAGUGCUCUGGAUUGUUCCUUCCCACCUCAGGUCUCCAGAGGUCAUUUCAGUCCUUCCACCCCAAUCUUUCUGAGGCGUGCCAGAGCCCAAGGAACACCGAAGGAAAUCCCUCUAUAUCUGCCUCAUGGCCAAAUGCUGGAGCGGGCAGAAUACUGCCUGGUGAGGCCUGGUGGAGAAGGCCUCACAAGCCCCAGGACACCUGUCCCUGCAGACAUGGCUUCUGAUGCAUGUCAGGAAGCAGAGGCCCCUCUUGGGGACACCGGAAGCAUCCACAGCGGCCCACACUCCACUGGGGGGAAGGACAGGUGUUUGCCAGACCCCGAGUUGUCACCCAGGGCUGGAGAGGACUCAAGAGAAGGGAGCAUUGAUCCCAGGAGGGGAGAGGAGGGUGCGUCAGAGCUGGCAGAGGAGAAGAGGCUGGGCUUAAAGAAGUUGGUUCUCACUGAGGAGCAGAAGACCAGGUUGCUGGACUGGAAUGACUCCAACCCUCAGAGCUCAUGCCUGGAAGCGGGGGCACAGCUUUCCCAGAAAAGUGCUGAGACUGGUAGAGGAGGCCGUGUGCUGAAACCAGUCCGCCCCUUGCUGCUCCCGCGGACAGUCAGAGAGACCCUGCCAGCCCAGACAGAGGCUCAGGAGAAGAUGGGGACCCCAGCUGAAAGGACUCCAGGGGAGCGAAGCGUGGCUCCACCCAAGUCUCCACUGCGGCUCAUAGCAAAUGCCAUCCGAAGGUCUCUGGAGCCCCUGCUCCCCAACUCCGAAGGUGGGAGGAAGGCCUGGCCCAAAUCAGAAUCAAAGAUUUUGCCCAUGAUCCAUCCACCCGCUUGCACUCGCUCAUUCAGCUUUCGGAAAACCAGCUCCAAUAAAGACUGGAACCAGCAGUUGCCCAGGAGAAAUAUGGCAAACAGGGCCUCAGCCCUCUUCUCCCUGGGCACUCCGGCGGCCAAGGCCGCCCAGCCCUCAGACCCUGGCCCUCCUGACCUUGCCUUCCGCACCCGUAGUUUGCCCAGCCGGCCAUCCAAGAUGUUUCCUGCAUUCGCGUCCCCACCUUCCAACAAGAUAGAAGAUGUCCCCACACUCCUCGAGAAAGUGAGUUUGCAAGAGACCUUCCCAGAUGCUUCUAGGGUUCCAAAGAAAAGAUACUCAGUCUUUCCCUCCCUCAGACUCAAAGACAAACCCCUUGAGAGUUUCCUCCAAGAAUCCAGACAAAGAAAGGACCUCCAGGACUUCUUUAGUAGCCCCAAGGGGAAGGUGCUGCCUGUGGACAAUGCGCAGCCCCUGGAGAGGCGGGUGCCGCCUUUCAGUAGCACCUGCCUGGGGCAGGGGACCCAUCCUCCUUCUCUCGAGCGAGAUGCAAGUCCCAAGCGCAUGCCCAUCAGGGCGCAGGUGACAGGGGUCACCUCUUCCACCUCUUCCACCACCUCCUCCUCUGCAGAUGAAGAAUUUGAUCCCCAGCUUUCCUUGCAGUCAAAGGAGAGGAAGGCACUUAGAAGAAGAAGGAAGCUGGAAAAAGCAACAAAACAAUUGGUUAAGCAAGAAGAGUUGAAAAGACUUCAUAAAGCUCAGGCCAUCCAAAGGCAGCUGGAGGAGGUGGAGGAACGGCAGAGGGCUUCCGAGAUCCGGGGCGUGAGGCUGGAGAAGGCGCUCAGAGGAGAGGCAGCUUCAGAUUCUCAGAUUCACACAGAAUUUACCUGGUGA